AUGGCCUCCAAGGUUUGGAACGUCUUUUGCUUGGGCUUAGCAGUUCUCAGCAGCGUCAACACUACGAUUGCUACGCCAAUUGAAAGCAGACAGUAUACCACGACCACCGGCCGAGAGCGCAUCAGCAUUGACAGUGACUGGCGUUUCCAGCGCACAGAAAGAAAUCCUGAUGGCUUAUCUUACAGCCAAUUCAAACGUUACGUGCUUCCAACGGCCAAUGAUUUCAUCAAAGACGCCAGCAAGCACACAACCCGGCCAGGAAACCUCGGGGGCAAUGUCAAAUUCGUUCAAUCCACGUUCGACGAUAGCGCUUGGGAAAACGUAACCUUACCACACGACUGGGCCAUCAAAGGCCCCUUCUACGUCGGCGACAACGUUCCUGUAAAGGGUGGCAUGGGCCGUCUUCCAAUUCAAGGCGUAGGUUGGUAUCGCAAGAAGCUUGAUUUCUCAACUUCCGACAAGAGCAAGAGAGUCUAUUUGGAUAUCGAUGGUGCGCAGUCGUACGCUGCUGUUUGGCUGAACGGCGAGAUUGUUGGCGGAUGGCCUUAUGGGUAUGCUUCUUUCCGUCUGGACCUCACGCCAUAUUUGAACUUCGAUGGAAAGAAUCAGCUGGCCAUCAGACUAGGCAAUCCCUUGGAUUCAUCGAGGUGGUAUCCGGGCGGUGGAUUGUAUCGCAAUGUGUGGAUUACAAAGGUAGAAACCGUGCAUGUUGCACAGUGGGGAACGUACGUGACUACAGAAGCCGUUUCGGAGGCGGAAGCCACUGUGAGGUUGGCGUUGAAGGUGGAGAACACAGGCAACUCCACCCAGUCAGUUGAUAUCGCGACAGACAUUUUUGUCCUGGACGGUGAGACUGGAAAGACUGGAAACAAGGUCGCUUCGUUUCCACACGUCACCCAAGAAGUCGCAGGCAACAAAGUACAAACUCUGAACCAGAGUGCCAAAGUCGAGAAUCCGCUAUUAUGGGGUCCCUGGACGUCCCAGAAGCCCAACCUUUAUGUCGCUGUCACACGCCUUUCGGUCCAGAAUCGAACCAUCGACACUUACGAAUCACGAUUUGGUAUUCGAACGCUCACAUACAGCGGUUCUAAAGGCUUGCUAGUCAAUGGUGAGCACAUCCGCAUCCAAGGCGUAAACCAGCACCACGACCUCGGCGCCCUAGGUGCAGCCUUCAAUCUGCGUGCAGCAACACGCCAGCUAGAAAUCUUGAAGUCCAUGGGCACAAACGCCAUCCGUAUGUCGCACAAUCCGCCUGCGCCCGAGUUGCUCGACCUCACAGACCGUAUGGGCUUCCUAGUGAUGGACGAGAUCUUCGAUGUUUGGAAUAACCAAAAAACUGUCAAUGACUUCCACCUUAUCUUCGACGAUUGGCACGAAGCCGAUCUGCGUGCCUUCCUGCGUCGGGAUAGGAACCAUCCUUCCAUUUUCGGCUGGAGCGUUGGCAACGAAGUCUCGGAACAGACAUCGAGUUCCACUGGAGGGGUCACUGUUUCCAAACUGAGAGACAUUGCGCACGAUGAGGAGCCUACCCGCCCCAUCACAGCUUCCAUGAAUGCUGCGCACGCAAAUCAGCCUUUCCCAGCCGCGUUGGACUUCUUGAGCUUGAACUACCAAGGCGAGGGCAUUCGGGAUUCCCCAGCGUACUCGAACCUGAAGGGCAUCACCACCAAGCCUGUGUAUCCAGACUUUCACGCUGCCUUUCCCAAUAAGCUCUUGCUCUCCAGCGAGACCGCCGCCGCCCUAUCCUCCCGCGGACAGUACAUCUUCCCGGUGCAGAACCUCACCAGCGCACCCGUCAACGAUACCUCCGGCGGCAACUCCGCCACGCACCACGUCUCCGACUACGGUAUCUACAGCGCAGACUUCGGCUCCUCGCCCGACAAAGUCUUCUCCGCGCAGGACCACGCGCCGUACGUCGCAGGCGAGUUCGUCUGGAGCGGCUUCGACUACCUGGGUGAACCCACGCCUUACUACUCAAGUCGCUCUGCAUACUUUGGCCCCAUCGAUCUUGCCGGAUUUCCAAAGGACAGGUACUUCCUCUACAAAUCGAGGUGGCUCCCGAACGAAAAGUUCGCGCACAUUCUGCCGCACUGGAACUGGCCCGACAGGCUAAGCAAGACGACGCCGGUGCACGUUUUCUCGAGCGCGGACCAGGCGGAGCUGUUCGUGAAUGGGAAGUCUCAGGGGAGGAAGACGAGAGGGGAGUACGAGUACAGGUUCCGCUGGGAUGAAGUAAAGUAUACGCCGGGCACUGUAUCUGUUUCCACAUUCAAGGAUGGGAAGGCAUGGGCAAAUGCGACGGUGCAGACCACUGGAGCGGCGGCGCGGAUAGGCCUGCGGGCAGAUCGGUCGGAGAUUGCGGCGGAUGGGAGGGAUCUGAGCUUUGUGACUGCGGAUGUGUUGGACAAGGACGGACUUGUUGUCUCAGUUGCUACCAACGAGAUUACUUUCUCGGUAGAUGGAGGAGGUGAGAUCGUGGCUACAGAUAACGGUGACCCGACCGACUUCACGGUCUUUCCUUCACACUCUCGCAAGGCAUUCGCUGGCAAAGCUCUCGUUAUCGUCAAGGGCUCUGGGUCUUUUACGAUUACCGCGAAGGCGAAUGGUUUGGAAGCAGGCAAAGUGACUGUCACUGCGGCUUGA